AUGGGCAUGGGGACGCUGGGAGCAGUAUCUCCGGCCACGCAGGACGGCUUCAAAGGGACCCUGUUCGCCUGCGGAGAAGAGCUGAAGAACGGGUCGGCCAUAAGCAAGAAGCGACACGGGAUCUACCAGGUCGACCUUCAAGGUCAAAGGCCCCCGAUGCCCUGGGUGGCCCACUACGACGUGAAGGGCUUCAUCUCGGCAUCGUCCGGGUCGCUUUUCUUCGGCCUGGACCGGAAACUCCACAUGUUGAAGCUGCAGGGCCGGAAUCCGAAAUCGGGGCCUUUCCCUUGGGACGACAUCAUCUUCACGCCCUUCGAAGUGAGGCAGUCUUCGGCCUGUGCCUCCUCGCAGAAACUUUACAUUGCAGGCAGCGAAGACCCGAUUUCGGCCCACAAGGUGGCGGUCUACGACGAGGCGUCCCAGCGCUUUUACGCUCUGAAUCCGAUGACUCAGAAAAGAGAAGGCCAUUCCUCCUUGCUCUGGGAGAAUAACCUGGUGGUCGUCGGGGGAUUCCACGAUGGAAAGUCUCUUGAUUCCGCGGAAUUCUUGGAUCUGAGAAGCGGGAAAUGGACGGCCAUGCCUCCUCUGCCUGAGCCGCUCUACUUCCACGCGACCUCCAUCUGCGAGAACAAGCUCUUCGCAGCCGGCGGGUACCUCGAAACGGAAGGACGGAGCAAUCGGGUCUGGUCACUGGACCUGGGCGCGAUGGCGACCUGGGAGGAGCUGCCUCCCAUGAUCUCCCCGAGGGACGAUCACGGCAUGAUCGCCACCGAGGACGGAUCUCUCGUCGCCAUCGGCGGGAACCGUCCCGGGCCGCCGACCGUCGAGGUUCUGCAACGAGGCGGGAAAUGGGUCGAGCUGGGUCUCAAGUUCAACUUCAAGAACUUGGAUAAGGCAACCAUCAUGAAUCUCUGA